CGCUGGAUAUAUUAUGACAGAUUCAAUCCGUUGUUUUAUUAAUUUGCUGCAAAUUGCUGAUAAUUAAUUUAGCCAUGAUGGAUGGACGCGAUAGGAUGAAACAACAAUAAAAGCCGCCCCAUUAUCGCUAGCCAUCCAUUAUCUGGGUGCCAGUUGAGGCAACAUGUUCCAUUUUCUUGCUCUGGGUGUGUUCUUUGCCGCUUUUGUGGCUCUUGAUGCUCAACAGUGCUACCGGUGCUUUGGCAGGCAUUGGUGUAACGAUGUUGCCCAUCCAGAUUUUGAGUCCAAUGUCACUAUAAUGAAUUGUCCGGCAACAGCUGCAAAGUUUUCCUAUGAGGGUGACAGUCCCACGAUUGCAAAAUUCAUCCACAGUCUGGAACGGUUAUCGACCAGCUCUGGAGGAGAGGAAGGAUUGAGCGAGACGACUUGGGGUUGCGUCACCGCAACAAUACAUGAAGCUCACGAAGUCCACACGAUCCGCACCUGUCUCAAUAACGCCGAAACUAUAUGUCCAGUAGUCCAGACCGUUGUCCUCAAUCCCGACCUGAACGACGUGCCAGAUGAAGUGGAACUGGAUUGUGGAGGAUGCAUUGGCAUGCUAUGCAAUGACCAUAGUUUUGCCGCUCCGGAUGCACCAUCUACGUCUAGUACUGCGAGUCCUGAGACUACGAGUUCUUCUACUGCUACUCCUGAUAGCACAACAUCUUCCACAACCACUCCAACUCCGGAAACUUCCACUUCUACUACCACUACUGGCGGUCCUGAUGGGACUACAUCUUCUCCAACGGUUCCAAGCUCAAGCUCCACUACCCCUACCACUCCGGAAAGUACGACAACUUCAGCAACCACUCCAAGUCCCGAAACUUCCACUUCUACUACCACUACUGGCGGUUCUGAUGGUACUACAUCUUCUCCAACGGUUUCAAGCUCAAGCUCCACUACUCCUACCACUCCGGAAGCCACUUCAAAUCCCGAGGCAACUAGUUCAACUUCAACAACUGCCUCCCCAGACAGUUCUACAACUACUACAACCGAAUCCACUACAACCGAAGUUAGCACCUCCACUACCACCACAACACCAGGAACUUCUAGUACAACUUCCGAAGUUCCGGACACAACCGAAAAUGCCCCUGAAACCACUACAACUGGCUCGGUGCAGGCCCCCAAAGGCUCUUAUGGGUUGUUAAUGCUGACACUUUGCAUAGAAUGGAUUAGAUACGUUAGGGCUUAGUUGUGAAUACACUUACAUGUUAUGGCAAUUCGUUGGUCAUCUCACAAGUAGAUUAAGGCGUGAAAACCGCAAGUUUACCUCAAAUCUAACGCUUUUGGUUGACAUAACGCAAGAAUAAAUCACAUCCUGACAG